AAUGCACUGAGCUGUCUACAUUACUCAGCUUCCUACAAAAACUGAAAGAUACAAGGUGUUGCACCAACAGAAGACACUAAAACAUGGAAGAUUUUGAGCAGAGAGUGCCUGAGUCAAUGACCUGCAGAUGCUCAUUAUGAAGAGAGAUCUGGCUUUUCUGGGCACCCUAAUUAGCCUUGGCUUCCUGUCACUGCUAAGAUCUGGUUAUCCUCAACAGACUGCCGAAGAGGCCUGCUCCAUGCAGAUUCUUGUCCCGGGCCUUAAAGGGGAUGCUGGAGAAAAGGGAGAAAAAGGUGCACCAGGACGGCCUGGAAGAGUUGGUCCUACGGGAGAAAAAGGAGACAUGGGUGACAAAGGACAGAAAGGCAGUGUGGGUCGCCAUGGAAAAAUCGGUCCCAUUGGUUCUAAAGGUGAAAAAGGAGAUUCUGGUGACAUAGGACCCCCUGGUCUUAGUGGAGAACCAGGUAUACCGUGUGAAUGCAGCCAGCUAAGGAAGGCCAUUGGGGAGAUGGAUAACCAGGUCACUCAACUGACAACUGAGUUAAAAUUCAUAAAAAAUGCUGUCGCCGGUGUGCGAGAGACAGAUAAUAAGAUCUAUCUGCUGGUGAAGGAGGAGAAAAGGUACGUGGAUGCACAGCUGUCCUGCCAAGGGCGAGGAGGGAUGCUGAGCAUGCCCAAAGACGAGACCUCCAACGGCCUGAUUGCCUCUUACAUCACUCAAGCAGGCCUCACUCGAGUUUUCAUUGGGAUCAAUGACCUGGAAAAAGAGGGCACUUUUGUUUAUUCAGACCGAUCCCCCAUGCAGACCUUCAGCAAGUGGCGGAAUGGCGAGCCCAACAAUGCCUAUGAUGAGGAGGACUGUGUGGAAAUGGUGGCCUCUGGGGGCUGGAAUGACGUGGCUUGCCACAUCACCAUGUAUUUCAUAUGUGAAUUCGACAAGGAAAACGUGUGAGCAGGUGCCAGCAUUGAAUGGGAAAACAGCCUGUUUGAAUCAUUGCUUUUUAUAGCUUUAUUAACAGUGCUGUCUCCAUGAGAGUGAUGGCAGCCAAUGAGCUGUACCUCUGUAAAUAGGAACGUUAUUUCUAAUCGGCAUUGUUUCCUAUUCAGAGGUGAAGAGGCUCAUUAAUUACAGGACCAUUUUUCCGAACCUUAGAGAACGGGGUAUGCUUAAAAGGAAGAAAGGAUUUCUGGGGUGCUAUCUCUGAAGAAGCAAAGUUUUAUUAUCUAUAUCGUAGCCAAAAUGUUCAUUAUUGCUCAGAGUUGCUCCUCCAUAGAGCUCUUGCCUCUGUCCAAACUAUAAAAUAAAAUCUUUAAAUAUUACAGUAGUUAAGUACAAAGAAUGGUAGUAGGUUUUAAAUUACUAUCUUCCUUUUAAUUUCUAUAUUGAAAACAACCCAUUUAACUUUGACCAAUGUUUCUGUAAUUUAUACUAAGAUAUAUGUUCCUUUUCACUAUUAUUAAAGUAGAAAGAAUUUCACUUUGUUUCAAAACCCAGAUUUUGGGAAAAAAGAAAAAGAAUUCUCCAGACUUUACUACUGAAUGUGUGUGUCAUUUUGUUCUCUUACUUUCUUCAAUAGCUGUAGUAGUUAUCUUUUGCUACAUAACAAAUUACUCCAAGACUUAAUCGCUGAAAAUAAGAAUAUUUAUUAUCUCACAGUUUCUGUGGGUCAGGAAUUUAAGCAUGGUUUAGCUGGGUCAUCUACUUUAAUAUCCUUGGUAAGCUACAAUCAAGGUGAAAAGGACCUGCUUCCAAGCUCGCUCAUAUGGUUGUUGGCAGGAUUCAGCUCCUCAUGGGUUGCUGAACUGAGGGCUUCAGUUUUUUGCUGGCUGUUGGCCAGAGGCUGCUUUCAGUUCUUUAUUAUAUGGAUGGACCUCUCCACUGGGCAGCUCACAACGUGGUAGCUGGCUUCAUCAGAGCAACAAGGGCGAAGAGCCAGGGAGAAAGAGAGAGACGGUGCUAGCAAGACAGAAGUCACAGUCUUUUAUAACCGAAUCUGGGAAGUUUCAUCUUGUGAUCUUUUUUGUAUUCUAUUCAUGAGAAGCAGGUCACUAGUUUUAGCCCACAUGUAAGUGGAGGGGAUUGCACAGGGUGUGAAUACCAGGAGAUGGGGAUCGGUGGGAACCAUUUUGGAAGCUGCCUACCAUGAACCCAUAGUUCUUUUUCUUUAUGUCAGAAUCCCUAGUAUAAGAUAAUAAACAUCUUUAUUUUUCAAAGGAGAAACCAAACAUUCGUACACAUACAGAGGAAAACCAGUUGGAGGUGUGGAGACAAGGGGUGACCAGAAAGGAGUUGUUGGGGUCUCGUGUUUCUGUGUGUCUCGUGAGUGAGGCACUGACUUUGUCCUGGACUAUCUUUUUAAGGAUGUUUUUAUAGCAAACAGCCUUAAAAGACAUGGUGUUUCUCUCCAGAGUAAAGGGCAGGUUUGCUCCCAGGCUUGGAAGAUGUAGCGUCUUCUUCUGAGGCAAUGGGCAGGCAUGCUUAUUGCCCAGCAGAAUAAGAAUAACGUUUCCCUCUGGACGAAAGGGCAACCUGCUUACUGCGUAUUAUCAAAGAUUUGAGUUGCCUAAGUUCAACGGGCCCUGGUGGCGCAGUGGUUAAGAGCUCAGCUUCUAACCGAAAAGUUGGCAGUUCGAAUCUACCAGCUCCUUAGAAACUCUAAGGGACAGUUCUGCUUUGUCCUAUAGGGUCGCUAUGAGUGGGAAUCAACUCAAUGGUAAUGGGUAAGCUCAACAGUCUUCUCUUGUAAACCAAUCCACUGCACUGCCCAUCAUAAUAAAAAUAACGUUUUCCUCUGGAGGAACAGGCAAGCAUACUUACUGCCUAUAUUAUCAAAGAUUUGAGUUACCUAAGCUCAAGGGUCUUCUCUUGUAAGCCAACCCACUGCAUGUUCGGGUGUCCUGCGAUCCUCUUCGUGAAGCCUGGGUGAACUGGGGCUCGGGGAGCUGGGGUGAAAAUGCUGAUACCCCGAGUACUGCUAUUACUGUGAGUAAUAAAGUUCUUUUCUCUGACCUAAGAGUCUGUGUGUUCUGUCAGCAUCCAUAAAACUGUGACAGGAUGACUUGUUAGCUUGUAAGUAGGGAAAAGUCUUGGACCCUUCAUGGUUUUUGAUGGGAGUUUCUUGAAAUUUCCGUGGAUUUAAUUGGAAGGCCAUAGCAAACAAGUUUAUUCAGGUAUCAUGUAUCUGACAUGCAUCCGGUUCAGUUGGAAAGAAAAGUUCAUCUUUUCAGAACAAUAAUGAGAAUUAAAUGAGUAACGUACAAUCAGAAAAGCAAGGAGCCGUAUACAUUGGAACCACUCAGAAAUUGCCAGUUUUUUGUCUUUAAUUUCAUCUGCCCAGACACUGUGGUUACAUCCUUUUUGUGCUUACAAGUUGCCACGUACAUUAACUCACCCACUCAUCUUUCUAUUCAUUCAUGCAACAAUCAUUUCUUAAAUGCCUCCUCUGUUUCUGAUUCUGUCAGAUUCCAGGAACUGUAAGGAUGUCAGUAUAGGAACCCCGUCCAAUAUCACAAGUGUAGCUUUAUGACUGGGAGAGAAGGCUGUGUGUGGGGUAAGGCAACUUGGCAAGGAGAGGACUCUCAAUGAGCAGGUGGUCUCAGUAGUACAUUGAGCACUGGUCUGCCACAAACCGAGCUCCAUCCGUCCAUCAUGCCUUUGAUGAGAAGCAUCUGACACACCUGUGAGGCAAUAGACCCUCCCUCUUGUACUCCUUAGCUGUUACAUGCUAGUUUUACUUAAAGAAGCCUUGGGAAGAUAGGACACCAGAUACAUUAGGGCUGCUGUUCUGGCUUGUGUGAUUUUAAAAUAUUUAACAUGAUACAUAAUAUAAACAAGAAGUAAAAAUCCUUCUUUACCCAUAUCUCCUCAAUCAACUUUUCUCCUGUUACGGACCUUUAAAAAAUACAUAUGUAUGCAAACGAAACCCAUUGCCAUCAAGUUGAUUCUGACUCAUUGAGACUCUGUAGGAUACAAUAGAACUGCUCCAUAGGAUUUCCAAGGAUUCGAACUAUUGACCUCUUGGUUAGAAUGUGAUCCCUAGAAUGGAUCACAAGGUAUGCCUUACUCCUCAACUUGUCUUUUUCAUUCACAACAAGGCCUUGGAGCUCUUUCCAUGUCCGUCAUGGUGAUCUACUUCCUGUCCUUCCUGCUGCAGGGGAUUCCAUAGCAUGGCUCCAUUGUGGUUCAUUUAACCAUUCCCUCUCUGAUGAACAUUUAAGUUGUUUUGAAGUCUUCAUUCUUACAGUAAACAUCCUCGAACAUGUCUUCUUCUGCACAGGUGAGCUUUUAUCUAUAAGCUAGAAGUUGAGUUUUUGAUCAAAGAGUUCGUACAUUUGAAAUUGUGAUAGAUAAUGCCAAAGUGGGACCAGUUGGAGGCAGGAGAAGAGAGAGCGGGCUCUGCUAGGUGAAGGUGCCAUGGAGGGGGGGGGAUGGUGAGGGGCUAAUGUGAGGAGCACAUCCUGGAGGCAAUGCUAGGAGGUGGGGCCAAGCCUGGAGCAGCUUCUUCCACCUCCCUGUUUCGUUAAGAGACUGGCCUGUAAGAGUUGGGUCCCUUGAGUUGGAAGGAGAAAGAGAGCUCUUUGGUCCAGAGGGGUUUGUCCUCUUUUAUGUUUCUUCCUCCCCAAGGAGGAAAGUUAAUUAUUUAAAGGAUGAACCUUAUUCAUUAUGCUGAGUGCCUUCUCCCUGACAUGUAUCCCAUCACACAGGAAAGAAAGCCUGUUCUUAAUUAAGCAUUUAUGAUACUCAAGCCUACUCUCCUGAGGCUGAGGAACCAAGGCACAUCCUAACCCUGGGCUGUCUUACAUGCUCACAAACGAAGUAUCACCCAUCUUUCCAUGUGAUGCCACCAGCCUCUCCUAAUUGGUGACAUCCACUGCCUAUGAAGCCAUGGGAGGGGCCUUCCUGCUCUCACUGCUGCCAUGCCCACCAAAGCCACCAGUCCUGGAGGUGCAGCUGAGCUGUAGGGUCCCCGUAGAGCCAAGAUGUGUCCCCCUCUUCCAUAGUCAAUGAUCUUCUCUGUUACCUCGUGACCAAGGAAGCACUGCUCACCCCUCUUCCUCCAGAAGUCCCUCAUGGACGUAGUUGCUUCAGGUUUGCCAAUGCAGCUGUUGUCCAAGGUCUCACAGGGGAGGCGUGGACUAGGCUGGGGAAACCACCGACCAUGCCGUCUGUCCUCUCCAAGCUCCCAUCCCUGCUCUAACACCAAUCUCAUCCUCUUGCAAAUCAACUCAAGCAAUGGCCACUUGCUUUACCACCUCAUCAAAUGACUUGGACAUGUUCCUGUCUAGGACAAUGCCCUUUACCUGGCUAAGUUAUUUGAACUCCUUAAGCCUUAGUUUUCUUAUUUGUGAAGUUACUGAUGAUAAUACUUGCCUUCUUGGGGGCCUAGUGCGGAUUAAACGAGAUGAUACAUGUUGAGCACUUAACAUAACUUAGUACUUACACAUGCUAAGUCCUCAGUAAAAGGUGGUAAUAAUAACAAACCCAGAAUUUAGUUUUCCUAACCAAAGUUGUUUAACAUUAUCUAUGUCAUUGUCCAUUUUUUUCUAUAAUGACAUUCUUUUGAGUACAAGUAAACUGAGCCAACAUCUUUAAGCCUUCUCCUCUCCCCCUUUUCUUCACCUUUUAUGAGUGAAUAUACCAGGAUAAACAAUUCAGAGAAAGUCACUGCCAACUGCUUAAUGACCGUAAUUGGAAAGGAAGAGGGAAGGCGUGUUUGCUGCAAAAAUCAGAGAAAUAAGAAAACUUCCAGGAGGAAGGAGAAUUCUCUGGGUUCUGGUGUAGGUUUAGGGGAUUAAAAGGGUCAAAAGCAGAAACUGUUCAGAUUCCCACUGGAUCUGCCAUGGCGACCUUAUGGGGGACAGGAGGUGUUGGGAAAAGGAGAACCCCACGGCAGGAAGACUGGCUUUGCCAGGGCUGUUAGUGCAGUACGGGAUUCCCUCCCCAAUGCCCACUGUCCUGGUUGGCACGUUAGCUGGCUCCAGUGCCGUACCGCU